AUCUUUACAGAGAUGGCCAAUUAGAAUCCACUUAUUUGUUAGCAAAAGAAAAUAUCGAAAAAAUUCCGACAGAUCACAUUUUUUAUGAUAAUAUCAUUUUUUAUUUCUCUUUAACUAUUUUAAAAUUGAAGAAAGAUGGAGAAAUCGCUAAAGUCCACGAAUAUAAAGAUUAUUUUGAAAUGUCAUCGAAAACCAAAGAAAAAAAAAUUAUUGCUAACAAACUUUUUUGUGAACUUUGGAAUGAAAUUUCACGUUAUGAAUUAGAAAGAAGAUUAGAAAGUCUUAUAUUUGAUGCCGAACACAUAUUUGAUGAAGAAGAUUAUGAAAAUGCAUAUUCUAAACUAAAUGAAAUUAUAGGGCUCGGGCAAAUUCCUGUUACUCAUAAAGAAUAUAAAAAUGUUGUACACAAACUUUCAUUAUAUAUUUUGAGGUUAAAUAAGAAAAAAGAAUUUAAGAGAGUUGAGAUUUUUAUUAAAUAUUUUAGAUCGUUAAGUAAUUCUGGAUCAGAAGAGGAAAAACAAAAUGCUAAAAUAUUAGCUAACGAAAUUGAAAAUAAACUAUCAGAAAGAUUAUUUUCAUCUAGUAAACAAAUCUAA